AUGUUCAAGCUCGCACGCAGCAGGCAGUUCGCCUCUGCGCUGAGGAGCGCGUCCGAAGCCCCCCUCCGCCAACAACGCCGCAACCUCUCGAUCCACGAAUACCGCUCCGCCCAACUCCUCGACAGCUACGGCAUCGGCGUCCCCAAGGGCGAUGUCGCUCACUCCGGCAAGGAAGCCGAGUCAGUCGCUUCCGGGAUCACCGGCGACGACAUGGUCAUCAAGGCGCAAGUGCUAGCAGGCGGACGCGGCAAGGGCCACUUCGACAAUGGCUUCAAGGGAGGCGUUAGGAUCGUCUACUCACCACGCGAAGCUAGCAUACUCGCCGACCAGAUGAUCGGGCAUAAGCUUAUCACGAAGCAGACGGGGGAGAAGGGGAGGAUCUGCAACAGCGUGUACAUUGUCGAGAGGAAGUUUGCGAGGCGGGAGUUCUACCUCGCCAUCUUGAUGGACAGGCAGAGCCAGGGCCCGGUCAUUGUCGCGAGUUCGCAGGGUGGCAUGGAUAUCGAGACCGUCGCGAAGGAGAGCCCGGACGCCAUCAUCACGACCAAGGUCGAUAUCCACAAGGGCGUGACCGACGAUGUCGCGCAGAAGAUUGCCGAACAACUCGGCUUCAGCCCGCAAUGCAUCGGGCAGGCCAAGGAGACCAUCCAGAAACUCUACCAAAUCUUCAUGGAAAAGGACGCGACGCAGAUCGAAAUCAACCCCCUCUCCGAGACCUCUGACCACCAAGUCCUCUGCAUGGACGCCAAGCUCAACUUCGACGACAACGCCGACUUCCGCCAGAAGGAAAUCUUCAACUGGCGCGACACCUCGCAAGAAGACGCUGACGAAGUGAAAGCCGGCGAGUCCGGGCUCAACUUCAUCAAACUCGACGGCGACAUCGGCUGCCUCGUCAACGGCGCCGGGCUCGCCAUGGCGACCAUGGACAUCAUCAAGCUCAACGGCGGCGCGCCCGCCAACUUCCUCGACGUCGGCGGUGGCGCGACCCCCGAGGCCAUCAAGCAGGCCUUUGACCUCAUCACCUCCGACCCGAAAGUCACAGCCAUCUUCGUCAAUAUCUUCGGCGGGAUCGUGCGGUGCGACGCUAUCGCCAAGGGGCUCAUUCAGGUGGUGGAGCAGAUGAACCUGCGGACGCCGGUGAUUGCGCGACUGCAGGGGACGAAUAUGGAGCAGGCGCACAAGCUGAUUAAUGAGAGCGGGUUGAAGAUUUUCUCGAUUGAUGAUUUGCAGACGGCGGCGGAGAAGAGUGUGCAGUUUAGUAAGGUGGUUAAGAUGGCACGAGACAUUGAUGUGGGUGUCGAGUUCACCUUGGGGAUCUAG